AUUCGCGCGGCUAUAUCUCUUGCAUGCAACAGGCCCAUUGUUGUUCUCUUUCAAAUUGUCUGAGUAAUUCCAUCAUUGUGUGAUAGAAUUAAGGGGGAGUGUUAGAGCUCGAUAUAUGAUGUAUUAUGUUGGUAGUAUGUGUAGUCAUAUUAGGUUGGUAGUCCGCUCGGACCACCUGAUUGGCUGUUGUGUACGGCUCAAGGUUAGGCUCUCACUCAAGGCGGAUAAAGAAUGGUGGUCGCAUUUCGUACCCUCUGGACGUCACACGGUAUCGGGUACAUCGGGUACAUGGGCUGGCCGAGGCCGGGGGGGCCGACUCAACCUCGGAUUGCACGGCAUAACCCGUACCCUCCUGACGUCACAACGCUUCAAGAUGGCAGCCAAAAUCGAAAUGCGACCACCAUUCUUUAUCCGCCUUGGCUCUCACUUGCUUGUACUUCUUCGCUGAAUAUAUCAUCUUACGUCCUCGCCUGUGGCGUUCUCAGGCUGAAAUGUUGGCUUUCUCGAAAUGAAGAAAUACCUUCAGAUGCUCCUAUUAUAGAUCUAGGGUGCGGAAAUGGAAUGAUGCUCAUUGAAUUGGCUAGAGAAGGCUACACAAAUUUGACGGGUGUAGAUUACAGUCAGAAAGCUGUUGAUUUAGCCAAAGCUGUUGUUAAAGCUCAAGAUAUAGAGUGCAUUAAAUUAGAGAGUUGUGAUAUACUGAGCGAUGACUUCCCUUCAAAACAAUAUGUUGUUGUUCAUGAUAAGGGUACAUAUGAUGCUAUCAGUUUAUGUCCAGACAAUGCCUCGGCAAAAAGGAAAAAGUACAUGGUCAACGUUUCUAAAAUCUUAGCACCUGAAGGAGUUUUUAUCAUUACAUCGUGUAAUUGGACUGCGGAAGAAUUGCUUGAUCAUUUUAGUGAAGAUUUUAAAAUGGCAUGUGUGAUACCAGCCCCAGCAUUUAAAUUUGGAGGUAAAACUGGGAGUCUUGUCUCAUCAGUGGUGUUCAAGAAAAAGACGGAUGUCAGUUAAUCUUUCAGCCCAGCUUCAUGAUUGAAUGGCAGCAAAGAGGCACGAUCUCACCGAAGCAUUUCUGCUGAAAACCUUGUGGGCAUCCAUCGGACUUGUUCUUGAGGAAGGAAGCUAGGCCGAGGUGGGUUUUAUGGUCAUCAGAUUACUGCGGGGAAAAAUUCAAGCAACUAUAAUUGCAAUGUUUCGCGUCAAGGCACGACCCAAAGGCACUUCUCGGUGAUAGUUCGAUCCAGCUUUUGCCAAUGAUGGAUUAAAGCUAGAGAUGGCGCCCUGCAUUGCCAAAGUAAACCGAAAUCUUGGCAACUUAUUCUUUUAGUGAGAAAUAGAUCAAUAGGUAAUUGAACGUGUCCUAGAGUUGUGUUUUAAUGGUUGAAAUCCACACACUGUAAACAUUUUUCAGAAAAAUCUGAAUUUUGAGAAAAAAUUUUUCUCAAAAAUUAAGUUCUAUUCGUUUUUAAUGGAAUCUUAGCUAUUGGGUAAAACAUGGCUAGACGACAUCAUAUUCAGCUUCGUUUUAACCAUUGGAAUAAGGCUAUUUUUAUUAACAGGAACGGAAUGUUUAAAUUUGCCGAUUAGACAGUUUAUUUAAAAAGAAUGUCGCAAUUUUUCUAGAACUGACUUUUAAAAAACGUCUGUAUGACUUGCACCAUUUUAUGAUCCAUACUAACACUCAAACAAUAGUAAAAUUAAAACAAACUAGAAGCUUUUAUGCGUGGUAGUGGGUAUUAUUUACAGAGGACCUCCCCUCCCCUUUAAAUACUCAAUGACAGAAAAAAACUCUGCGGAAAGUUCCUCGGUAUUUUAUCAGUGAAAAAGAAAAUUAUCACGGAAUGAAAUAAAAUGAUAUUUAACGUCAAGCAAGUUGCUGCCGAGCGCAUAGGUCGGAUGAAUAAAAUGAUACAC